AUGGCGGGGCCCGGUGCGCUCUGGGAGGCCCUCCAGGCCCUCCUGCCCCGCACGAAAGAGGAGCUGAAGCCGGAGCUGGGAGAGACGGCGGGGGGCAGCGUGGCGAUGCUGCUGCAGGAAGCCGCCGAGCUCUUCCAUGGGGGCCGGCGGCGCGAGUGUCUGCAGGCCUGCGAGGCACUCCUGGACUACUCCUGGGAGAAGCUGAACACGGGGCCCUGGCAGCACGUGGACAAGGACUGGCGGCGGGUGUACGCUUUCGGCUGCCUCCUGAAAGCCGUGUGUCUGUGCGAGCCGCCUGGGGACACUGCCUCCGUGGCCGCCGCCCUGAGAGCCUGCGACAUGGGCCUGCUGAUGGGGGCGGCCAUCCUCGGGGACAUCCUCCUCAAAGUCGCCGCCGUCCUCCAGAAGCACCUGCUGUCCGGGAAGAGGCCUGCCCCCAGCCCGAGCCGGGAGCCGCCCAGCAUAAAGAAAGCGAGGGAUGACCAUGUGCCAAUUCCAGAUGUGACAACAGAAAGAACAGUGCCCCGGCUUCACUGUCCAUCCCUCCAGUAUUUCAAGAAGCAUUUUUUGGUUCCAGGGAGGCCUGUGAUUUUGGAAGGCGUAGCCAACCACUGGCCAUGCAUGAAGAAGUGGAGUCUGGAGUACAUCCAGGAAGUUGCUGGCUGCCGCACCGUCCCCGUGGAGGUCGGGUCCAGGUACACGGACGAGGAGUGGUCCCAGACGCUUAUGACGGUCAACGAGUUCAUCAACAAGUACAUCAGGAAUGAGCCGAAGGACGUCGGGUACCUUGCUCAGCACCAGCUCUUUGACCAGAUCCCGGAGCUGAAGCAGGACAUCAGCAUCCCCGAUUACUGCUGCUUGGGCGACGGGGAAGAAGAGGAGAUCACCAUCAACGCCUGGUUCGGUCCACAAGGCACCGUCUCCCCACUCCACCAGGAUCCCCAGCAGAACUUCCUAGUCCAGGUGAUGGGCAGGAAGUACAUCCGGCUGUACUCCCCACAGGAGUCGGAGGCGCUGUACCCCCAUGACACACACCUUCUUCACAACACGAGCCAAGUGGACGUGGAGAACCCCGACCUGGAGAAGUUCCCCAGGUUUGCCGAGGCACCCUUCCUGUCCUGCGUCCUGUCCCCGGGCGAGGUCCUCUUCAUCCCGGUGAAGCACUGGCAUUACGUGCGGGCUCUGGACCUGAGCUUCUCCGUCAGCUUCUGGUGGUCGUAG